GCGGUGUCUGGGGCGUGGCCGCGCCAGGCCUGACCGCGCGGCUCAGACUAGAGACCCUGCGCCAGAGUUUUUGCUGUGUGCCCCAGGUUGCGAAUCUGGUCCCGCGGUCUCCGCCAUGGGCCUGGAGCUCUACCUGGACCUGCUGUCCCAGCCCUGCCGAGCCAUCUACAUCUUCGCCAAGAAGAACGGCAUCCCCUUCCAGCUGAGAACCGUGGAUCUGCUCAAGGGCCAGCACCUCAGUGAUGCUUUCGUCCAGGUGAACCCCCUGAAGAAGGUGCCAGCCUUGAAAGAUGGGGACUUCACCUUGACUGAGAGUGUGGCCAUCCUACUCUACCUGACGCGCAAGUAUAAGGUUCCUGACUACUGGUACCCUCAGGACCUGCAGGCGCGUGCCCGUGUGGAUGAGUACCUGGCAUGGCAGCACACCGCCCUGAGGAGAAACUGCCUCCGGGCCCUCUGGCACAAGGUGAUGUUCCCUGUUUUCCUGGGUGAGCAAGUAUCUUCUGAGCUGCUGGCAGCCACCUUGGCAGAGUUAGAUGACACCCUGCAGGUCUUCGAGGACAAGUUCCUCCAGAACAAAGCUUUCCUCAUUGGAUCCCAAAUCUCCCUGGCUGACCUGGUAGCCAUCACGGAGCUGAUGCAUCCCAUUGGUGCUGGCUGCCAAGUCUUUGAAGGCCGACCCAAGCUGGCUGCCUGGCACAGGCAAGUGGAGGCUGCAGUAGGGGAGAACCUCUUCCAGGAGGCCCAUGAAAUCAUCCUGAAGGUGAAGGACUCUCCACCUGCUGACCCCACCAUAAAGCAGAAGGUGAUGCCUGGGGUGCUGGCCAUGAUCCGGUGAGCUUGGAAGUCUCACCUUUGCACUGCCCUUGGCAGUUCACAAAGCACCUUUAUUUCCACUGCCUCUUUCCAGGCCUUUAAUCACUACAUUUUGGUUAAGUUUGCAUAAUAAAUCUAGGCUCAGUGUGAGCCUCAGCUUCCAACUCUA